AUGAUUUAAUAUAUUAAUAAUUUAAAGAAUAUAAAACAAUUUAAUGAAUAUAUUAUAUAAUAAAUACGCAAAAUUAAAUACAAGGAUUACUUGGCGUUAAAGAUUUGUAUCAAAUUAAUAUUCUUAUAUCACUUAUCAAUCAGUAUUAUUGAUUUAGUAUUAAUUACUGAUUUAAUUUUAAUAUUUACAAAUAUUAUUUAAAAUAUAACAAUUUCUUCAAAUAAGAUGUAAAAAUAUGAUUAAAUUAUCUUAGAAAAAUGUUAAAAAUCUACUCAUAAUUAUCCAUUUUUUUGCAUAGAAAUCGGUAAGGCAAAUGGUUAAGAAUUAUCUAAUUUUAACUCACUCAAAGAAGCGAUAUCAAAUUAUCCAAAUUAAAGAUAUCAAUCGGUCUUAAUUAAAAUUGAUAGUAGUUAAUGGUUUAGUCAAAACAAUUUCGCAGAAGAAAUAAAUAAAAAUAAUAGCUUAGCAAAUCUAGAACUUUUAUUUAAAGAACACAAAUAAUUUGGAGAAGUUGAAAUGAAUGAACUUGGAAAUUAAUUAAACAAAUGUCAUAAUUUAAAAAAAUUAAGAAUUAAUAAUGAGAAAAAUACAUAUAAACACACAUAUUAAUUAUUAAAAUGCUACAGUAUUACUCAUUUACUUAUCAACUUUUAAUCUGGAGGUUAUUAAGCACUAGACAUAGAAGAACCUUUUUUUUAGAGCUUGAAUAAUACUUAUAUAGAAAUUUCUAAAUUUUAGAAUCUUUAAGAACUGAUGUUCUAUUAAAACAAUCUAGGUUUAAUUGAUACAUCAAUUGAUUAACUUGGUAUUAACUUAUAAUCGUCCAAAAAUUUAAAGAAAUUAAUCCUUGGUUUAUCUUUUAAUAAAUUUGGAUAUUAAGGAAUUUCUUUGUUAGGAAAACACAUAUCUAAGAUGAUUUAAUUAGAAUAAUUAGAACUAAGGUUAGAAGGUAAUAAUAUAUCAAAUGAUUCAAUUAGUGCAAUAGGACAAAGCCUUUUUAAUCUAACUAAUUUACAAAGCCUUUCUUUAUUACUUUAUACAAAUGAAAUCAAUCAACAUGGAAUAAACUCCCUCAUGGAAUCUAUAUAAUUUUUAAAACUCAGUCAUCUUAGUGUUAGCUUUUCGAAGAAUUAUAUUAAAGAUGAUGGUUUAAAUAAAUUCAUUUUAUAUAUUCGUAAUUUUAAGGAGUUAAAGUCAUUACAUAUGCGCAUUAAUUAAACACAAAUAAGUGAAUUGAGUCUAUUGAAUUUAAUUUAGUAAAUAUAAAUUUGCAAAAAUAUAAAAGUUUUAGAGGUAUAAGCUGACAAUCAGUAUAAUGAUGAUUAACUAAUUUUUUAAAUAUAAAAUUUGUUAUAGACCCUUACAUAGUUAAUCAAUCUUGAUUUUUUUAUGAAUGGAGUCUAUAAAAAAAGUAAUAAAUAUCUCCAAAAAGUAAUUUAAAAGAAAUUAGUUAGACUUGUAAAUAUACCAUAAAUAGUAACAUGA